AUGUCCAUCGAGCUGGACAGGAACGGCAUCCCUCAGUAUGCCGGGCAGCCAGAGUAUUUCAACGAAUAUGAGGAGCGCGCCUGGGAUCUUUACCGCGGCAGGACGGGCGAGAAGUCGAAGCAGGCCGCCACGGCCCUGCACCUACGCUCGGGCCUGUCUGGUCCAGCAUACGAGGCUGUGCGCAAGCUCAAACACGACGAGCCGAUCGCUACUGACGAGUACGGUGAAUCAAAGCCGGACGGGCUCACUCUCUUUCUAACGACGCUGAAGAAGCAGGUUCAAGACAUUGCGCCCGUCCGGAGCACCGAGAUCUUCGACAAGGAGGUCAGCGCCACAACGACGAUCUCAGAAGACAUCCAGGCCGCGCUGAUCCUCAGGUUCUGCGGCAUCAGUAUGAAGGAGCAGGCCGCGGUCCUCGCCUCCAACAAGAACGAGUACAAGCUAGCAGGCAUCGAGUACGCUCUGAGGGCACAGUACCCAGCGGUACAUCGACAGCAGGACCGACGCGCUGAUCGCCGAGAGCGGUCCGCCUACGCCUACGCCGCGUCGGACCAGGACGAGAACCCGUCGGAGCUCGACCACGGCGAGGAGGAGGACUACGAGCACGGCGAGGACGACGAGUUCGACAUCGAGAACUACGUCGCGGAGAACCUCGACGAGCUGGGCACCGAGGAGGCAGAGGCCCUCGCUCUCGUUUUGCAGAGUCGCAACAAGAUCUUCAACAAGAAGAAGCCGACUAGGCGAGUGACUUCGAGCUUCCACGGUCGUGGCAAGACCGGUGGGAAGGGAGGCCGCCGUGGAGGCGGCAAGGGAUUGCCGAGCAAAUCGCCCGCGGGGCGAGGAGGCAGCAGCAGUUCGAGUAGCGCUGUCCCCGGCUACGACGACCGACGGCGCGAUGCUCGCCGGCAGCACAUCGCCAACCUGAAGAAGCGGACCCAGUGCUCUGACUGCCACCAGUUCGGGCACUGGCAGGGCGAUGAUGUUUGCCCUCGUCGGUCGAGCCGGAAGCCUACAUCGGCGUCUCCAGCCAAGAAGCCCGCUCAGAACUACUUCGCGCUCGAGGAGUACGGGGGCAACGACGACGACAGCGCGCCGUCUGAGGUCUUCAUGGCUCUGAAGGGUGAGAUGGAGCAUGCCUGCGAGCACGUGGCCGACGACGCCUGCGAGAAGGUCGUCCGCGGCGCCAACAAGACCACCAGGUACAUCACAUGCAGGGGGUGCGACCGCCACUUCACGCUCGCCCACCGCAACAAGGGGCUUGAGCUGUGGAGCUACUACAUGACGGUCUUGAUGGGCACGAAGUGGGGCCGCCUCCUGUUCCGCAAGGAGUUCGCGAAGCGGACCGCCAUGGUGGUCGACACCCUGAUGGUUCAGGGUCGCCUCCCAUCUACGUAUUCGAGGAGGCGGGCGGCGGCGCCUGCGGCGCGACGCCUUACCGGCAAGCAGCGGCUAUUCGGCCGGCUGCCUGCAAGAGGCGACGGGCCACGUGCGCCUACACCGGCGCCCGCGUCUGCGGCCAGUUCUACGAGGCCGAGUGCUACUGGAUCAGCACCAGCCGCACCACCUACACCCGAGAAGCGCAUCAUCAAGGUCGACCUGACCCAGGGCGACCCCGAGCCGAAGCCGGGACCGGAGCUGGCCUUCCUGUGCGGCAUCCCGCUCCACCACAGCAUCGAGCUGGUGGAGUUCCUGGAUCUCGAUGGCGUCGACCAGCUUAACCCGGUCCCGUACCCAGCGGAGGUCAUCAACUUCGGCACGCACAAGGGGCGAACCUUCCAGGAUGCAGCGUCCGACCCGUCACUCAUCUGGUAUAACAAGUGGGCUCUGGACCAGGUCUUGGACCCCGAGGCGGAGGAGAUCAACCUCCACUUGUACCGCUACGCGUACUUCCUCUAUGCCAUCGUGAAGAUCGCGCGUGGCAAGUUCAACGUUGCCCCGCAGCAGAUGAUCGACGGCGACAAGAGGAGGCCCCCCGCCGACAACGACUGGAUGAAGGUCAACGCCGGCGGCUUCACCAUCCCGGUUCAGCCCAACAUCCAUCAGCCAGACGUCAUCUCUACUUACGAGUGUUCGGUCAUGGUCGCCACUACCAGCAACGCCUUCUCGGCACACGACAACGACGCCGACAUCAUGCUCGCCAUCAUCGACACUGGCUGCACGCGCACCAUGCACGGCGAGUCGUGGCGGGCAGCCUUCGAGCGUAAGCUCGCGAGGAGCACCACGGCGGUUCGCUUUCCCGUGAGCAUCGGCGGGAAGUGCGGCGAGAUCUUGUCGUGUGAGGUGCCGGGCGACUGCCCAAUGCUGCUCAGCAGGGACAUGCUCACCAAGCUCGGGCUGAGCACGCGGCUCUCCGCAGAGGGCGAUGUCGCCGACUUCGCCAACAUCGGCGUCUACAACCUGAAGCUCCACCACACCAAGAUGGCCGAGUGGGCGGCGCUGACGAUGCCCGAGGACCACCACCUCGAGUACUUCCCCGAGCAGUUCCACGUCGGCAUCACCUUCAUCGAGGAGAGCUCGGCUGAGCCUCUCCCCAGCUUCCUGGACAUCGAGAUCGGCGAGACUACGGACGACGAGUGCCUCCAGACGGUCGUCGACCACGACUACGGACCGGACGUCUUCGCCGCCGAGGCCAUCGAGUGGGGCGGCAAGCGCAACCUCACCAACAAGAAGUCCAAGAAGCUCGAGAACUCCCUGGAGGCCAUCGCCGUGCAAGACGAGGCGGUGCAGGCCGUCGUGGAAAAGCAUGCGCCCAGGGCCCGGCUGCCUGCUGGCGCCCGGACGUGGGUCAAGCAGACCUACGCCGGCCAGAUGGGUUUGACAGUGCUCAUGGCCGCGAUGGGCCUCUCGGUCGGCGUCCCGCUGGACAGGCACACGGGCUGGGACGCUACCACCAGGCUGGGCAGGCAAAGGUGCGACGCGGAGAUCACCAACGAGGAGCCGUACUGCCUCGUGGUCUCGCACCCCUCCUCGCCGUGGGGCAACUGGAGCAGAUUCAACAUGGCCCGUUGCCCGGAGACCGAGAGGAAGAUCUUGGCCAAGCGCGAGGCGAACCGCCCCAUUCUCAGGCAGGUGGACUCCUCAGUGGACAGCCGAGUGCGGAGGGGCUUCCACGUGGCGCUGGAGCACCCCCAGGGCUCCGAGGCCUUCGACCAGCCGGAGAUGUCAAGGAUUCGUUCUCUCCUGGACAAGGGCAUCCUGAAGAAGGUCACCUUCGACGGCUGCCAGGAGCUCAACCACAUCGUCGCCCGCAGCAUCGUACAGCAGGCCAUCGUCGACAACGCCACGGACACCGACUGGCAGUUCCCAGCAGAGGCGCUCACUACCAGCUGGACCCCAUGGGCUGGCUACCCAGAGAAGCUCACGGUGGACCUGGGCAAGGAGUGGAUGAAGGAUUUCGCCUCCAACGCGAAGGCGCACGGCGUGCAGGUCGACCUGGCCCCGUUGGAGACGCCGCACCUCAUCGGCAAGUGCGAGCGCCACGGGGGCAUUUGGAAGGAAAUCUGGCGACGCACUGUCGCCGACUCCCAGGUCACAGGGCUGGGUGACGUCGAGGAGACCGCCUCCAUCGUGACCCAGGUCAAGUACGAGCUGGGCCGGUUCGCCUCCGAGGACGAGCUGCUCGCCAUGCACACCUACGUGAACCCGGACCUGCUGCCCCUCCGGUCGCUGAAGGGGGCCAGGCACUACAUCGACAUCCGGGCCGACACGGCGGCAGCCUCGCCCGCCCCGAUGCCCAGGCCGCAACGACACGCGGCUGGUCACGGAGGGGUGGUUGGGGGCGCGCUCGGAUCUGCCGGGCCAGGACCUGACGUAAAUUUCGACCUCGACGAGUUCAACACCGAGGCAGAGGGGCCGCCGCGCUCGUACGGCCCGGGCGAGCCCGGCAUUUAUUCCGAAGUUAAAAGUCAUCGGGUUGAUCCUCGAGUAUCCCAGGAGGCUAUCGACAAACCGGCGCCCCCUGACGACGAGGCCAUCGACAAGCCGGCGCCCCUGGACGACGAGAUGGGCGUGGGCCUGGAGCGCGGGGAGAAGCGCAGAGGCCCGCCGCUUACCCAGCUGGACAGAGCCAUGCGCGAUCCGGAGCGUCUGGAUCGAGGUUCUACCAAGAAGCCUCGCACCUUCCAGGGCUACGUGGAGGAGGAGUCCCGCGUCAUGGAGGACGCCCUCCACGAAGUGUUCUUCACCAGCGACUACAAGCCGGACCUGGCUGUCGCCUACGAGUGGCGUCGCACCGACUACGGCAUCAAGAAGUUCAUCACCACGGACAUGCGUGGCCCUCGCUGGUCCAAGGUGCUUCGCCGCAUCACCAGAGACAUCAAGACGGGCAUCGUGAUCGAUGACAUCGACGUCAGAGGUCUUGCUCUUCGCGAUGCCCGCCUUCGCUGGCCUCUGCCUGGUGGCAUCACCGCGGUCGAGACCAUCUUCGUCCACACCGACGAGGACGUGGGCACGAAUGACACCGUCGAGUUUGCCUACCUCACCAAGGGCGCGGUCCGCUCCGAGAUCAGACUUCAAGAUCUCGCCCCAGAGCAGAGGAAGGAGUUCGACCAGGCUAUGGCAAAGGAGUGGCGCAGCUGGACUGAGUUCCAGGCCGUCGAGGUGCUGAGCUCCAGCCAGGCCAAGGAGCUCCUCGACAGGGGUGCCUCCCCAGUUGGGACGCGCUGGGUUCACACGGACAAGAACGCCAAGAAGCGCAACCCCAAGCAGACCUACGACGACAUCCCGCUCGCUGCCAAGAGUCGGCUCGUCGUGCAGGGCUGCCAGGGUUGGCGCGAGUCCAUCUACGAGCCCUGUCUGUUCAUGCUCAGGGACAGCAUGGGUAAGCUCAUCGGCUUGCUGUGCACGCACGUCGACGACCUCUUCGUCACGGGCGCGGGCGAGCAGUUCGAGCGCGUGAUGGAGAUCAUCAAGGACAAGAUUCACCUUUCCUUCCAGUCCGACGCGUUCAGGUACUGCGGCAAGGUCGUGGAGCAGGACAGCCAGACCUUCGACAUCAAGAUCGGCCAGGCCGCCACGGUCGAGGCGCUGGAGUACAUCGCCCUCGAGCCACACCGCCGGCGCAAGCCCAAUGCACCACUCACCCCGGAGGAGAUCUCUGCCCUCCGUAGCGGUGUUGGGUCCCUUGGCUGGGUAGCACGGCAGACGCGCCCUGACCUGGCCGUCCACGCUUCGCUUGGGGCUCAGUCUAUGAGUGGUCCCAAGAUCCGCGACAUCGUUGCAGUGAAUCGUGCCAUCAAGAUGGCCAAGGACGACGUCGACUUCAAGCUGGUGUUCUCGUCCCGCCUGGACUGGGACAGCGCCAUUGUGUUCGGCUGCGGUGACAGCAGCCACGGCAACAUCGACGACCUGACGCUGGGCGAGAAGGUCAAGUCGCAGUGCGGCUACAUCAUCGGCAUGGCGUCGCCCGACCUCGAGACGGACGCCACCGCGAUCAUACAUCCACUGGAAUGGGCUAGUGCGACGAUCAAGCGAGUGGUUCGCGGAUCGCUCGCAGCUGAAUGCAACGGUUUCCUGACGACGGCCGAGAGCGCGGAGUUCCUCAAGCAUGUGAUCGCCGAGAUCUCCGACCCCGGCUACUCGUCCUACCAGUUCGACCCGUUCUUCGACGGCAAGCACCUGCUUCUGCUGACGGACGCGAACGGCCUCGUCACCUCCUUGGAGAAGGACGGUGGUCAGCCCGCUGACAAGCGAGUGCGGAUCCUGAUGGCCCAGAUCCGCCAGCUGCUCGGCCAUGACGUGAUGAAGCAGGAGCGAGAGGGUGAUGACUGGAGGAUACGAGUCAGAUGGAUCGACACGAAGUUAAUGAUCGCGGACGCUCUGACGAAGACCGAGGCUGAGAGGAGUUUCUUGCUAGAGCGGCUGACCGAGGGCCGCUGGUGUUUGGCACAGACGGAGGAGAUGCUCGCUGCCAAGGUAGCGGCAGGUGAGGCGCGUCGAGCCCGCAAGGCCCGGCCAGGCGAUGCGGAGGGGUAA